AUGCAGCAGGAUCGCCAUGGUUGGUAUGCAGAAAGCUGGUUCUACGUUUCUGCAGUGCUCCAGCUGAUCUGCCUCGGUAAGCUGCUGUGUGUGACAGUGCGGAGUCGGAGAGAGAUUUGGGCAAUUGCAAGAAGAUGUGGUUGCUGCAUGUGGCUGAAGGCAGAUCUAGGAGACAUGAAGCCUGAAGUGCAAAGGCUGAUUGAGAGUAGGGCCACGCAGAGGCGCCUGGCGGCAACCAGAAGUUUCAAUACCUUCCUCGUGUUCUGCUAUCUCAUAGUGUGCCUGAUUUUCCAGUGCACCACAGUGGCGCAGAAUGCAUUGUUCAUGUCGCUAGAGCUAGCUUGGCUGAGCACUGUCAGUUUGGCAUUUUUUGGCUUUGGAUACAUUUAUCCACGAUUGUUUGUCUCGGGUAUUCUGAACUGGUGGUACGUGGCCGGCAUGGCGCUGCAAUGCAUUGGAGGGGUACCCAAUUUCGGAACAGUGUACCAAAACUACUUUUUCAAUUCUAUGUCGACUAUGCUGUUCCGACUGCCGGCUGUGCUGGUGUGCACAAAGCCUUGGCUGGUGCUCGCAUGCAACAUUGUCCCGCUUGUCAUGGUCGUCCCGCGGACUCUGGUAUAUCACAAUGUCGACAACUUCAGGGCAGACGGCUGCCCCCGUCGCGUGGGCAGGUUUAACCUGAUUAUGUCGGAGGUGGUUUUCUUUUGCCUUGUCAAUUUGGCGGCAGUCGUGCUGGACAGACAUCUCAAAGGACAAGAGAAGCAGCGCUUGCUCACGAGCCAAGCUGCCACGGACCUUCAAGCAGCCUCAUCACUUCUUCAGCUGACCUGUGAUGCGGUAGUGGAGCUGGAUGACAAGCUUCGGUUUGCAGCUGCAGCGCCAGAUCUGGAAGCAAUGCUCCUGAAGAAUACCCAGGCAUCUUCGCUUUGUGGGAAGCGGUUCACCGACUUGAUGCCGACUCGUGAGGAGGCUAAGCGGACUGAGAAGCUCCUACAGGGAACUGGCGGCUGGGAGAUCUCAGCCACCGCCUUCCACACGCGCCUGAUCGACAGCUGCUCCAGCAAGUUCCGGACUGAAGUCUUCCACGUCAAAUACCUCCGUCCCAACCAGCAGGUGUGCCACUUGCUCGGACUGAGAGACUUCACGGAUCAGGGCUCAUUGGCGGGCCAGAAAGCGAUGGACAGCUCAGCCGAUGCCAGUCAAGGACUGCUGGAAACAGGCAUGCACGACCCGGGCAAGCUCAACGUAGAUCCACGGCAGACUCGCCCCGUCGAUUCCAGUGUAGAUUCUAGUGCCGGCGGUGUGGAUGACUUCGAGCAAAAGGGUCCACAGAGUACCUUCCUGUACAUU